AUGUGCAGUGCUGAAUUCAACAGUGCCAAUCCGUCCUACGAGUAUCACACAUCCAAUAAAUCAACUGCCAUCGCCACAACCACUAACGUGUUAGUAGGCUCACGCACGACAUCUGGAAUCAUUCCCCGAGUUUCGACAGCUACGGAAACAAUCGCCUCCAUGCAAGCUAACGAUCAUCGUAACAAUCAGUUUAUGGGUUCUACGGAUCAACAGAAUCAGAAGGCGCCGAGCUCGACUAAGUCAUCAGUGAGACAACGACGGGUGUUGCUGGACCUUCAGAAGCUACAAGAAGAAGAACGGCUCAUCGAGGAGGAAUAUAAGAAGAAGAAGGAAAUAUUGAAUCGUCGCUUUGAUCUCAUGCAGGAAAUAGCUAGCAACUCGUCAUCUACAACAUCGAUAGCCGAAACUGAACCGAAGAAGAAAGUGGAGGAUUGGUUGGACCGUUCAAUCCCCGAAUUCACCCGCGAAGCUAGAAUGGAAUAUCGCCCACUACAGCAACAGAACCCGUGUAUUCAGCAGCAGUGCAGCGAAGAUGCGCAAGCAAAUGAGAAUACUCACAGGCACAGUGCCCCGUUGAAUCAAAUGAUUGCUCGAAUGCAGCCAAAGCCGUACGUGGUAAAUACAUAUGCUCGUCCAAACAUGGGAAAGGAAAGUUUCAUUCCAGUGCAGCAAUCUACCCCACAACGGACUACGGGUUUUCCACAUGCAAAUAUCGUUAAUUUGAAUAGUUUUUCAAAUAGUCAUGCAUUAGCCCGCCAAGCUGCGUCCCGAGAGCUGCCAACCUUCACCGGUGUUCCCGAAGAAUGGCCACUUUUUAUAUCUACAUUCUACACUACUACAUCUAUGUGCGGGUACACUCAAGAAGAAAAUCUAUUGCGACUCCAGAAAAGCUUGCGCGGAAAAGCAUUUGAUGCUGUAAAAUGCAUGUUAAUGCAUCCUUCCAAUGUCGAGUGCAUAAUGUCAACCCUCAAAAUGCUUUUCGGAAGUCCCGAAGUGAUAAUUCACAAUCUGAUAUCCAGAAUACAGUCCACGCCACCACCCCGUGCCGAUCGUCUCGAAACGGUGAUUGAAUUUGCGUUAGUAGUGAAAAAUCUCUGCGCUACCAUUGUAGCUUGUCAGAUGGACGAGUAUAUUUACAACGUCGAACUUGUGCGGGAAUUAGUGGACAAACUACCGACACAGUUUAAAGUGGAUUGGGCGAGGCACAGGAGAUUAAUCGCUGAUACCAGACUGACUUCCUUUUGCGAUUGGUUGUACGAAUUGGCUGAAACAAUUUCGCCAAUUGCUAUGCUCUCUUGCCAGGACUCCAGCGCAAACAAAGUUGGAAGAAAAGUAACCGGUUUUUUAAAUGCCCACUCGGAACCAGAUGAAAUUGAUCAACCAGCCUAUGCUUGGGGUAAACCUGAUCGUGGACAGCCCAAUACUCCUCCUAAAUCCUGUAACGUUUGCAAAGGUGAAUGUAAUUCUCUGGAAAAGUGUAAAAGGUUUAUUGAGAUGAGUUAUAAAGCCCGCUGGGCUGCAGUUAAUGAAUUUUAUUUCUGUAAAAAAUGUCUUGGUAAGCACCCUAGAAUGCCUUGCAAAUCUCAGAGAAUAUGUGGCACAAACGGUUGUCUUUAUAAGCACCAUCCACUUCUACAUAAUCCCGCAAAGGAUACGCAGGGUUCAACUCAACAAAACCCAGAAUCUUCUGUCGUUCAUCGAGAUUGUAACAUCCAUCACUACACUUCAAACCAGGCACUUUUUCGUGUGGUACCAGUCGUGUUAUAUGGCCCAAACAGGAAGAUAAACACAUUCGCGUUUCUAGAUGACGGAUCUUCGCUAACUUUGAUGGAAUCAUCGCUUGCUUCGGAGCUAGGAGUGUCUGGGAAAGUCGAACCACUCUGCUUACGAUGGACUGGCAAUAAAACUCGACAGGAGAAUUCUGAAAAUAUUACCAUUGAAAUCUCAGGUGUGAACGAGAUGCAUAAACGCUAUCGCCUACCAGAGGUGCUCACUGUUUCAAAUUUAGAUCUCUUCCAUCAGACUUUAGAUAUGGACGAAAUGAGGAAACGAUACAGUCACCUCAGAGGAAUUCAGGUUGAAUCUUAUGAAGGAGUUCAACCUCGUAUACUUAUCGGCAGUAACAACGCAAACCUUGGUUACGUUCUGAAAGGCAGAGAAGGAAAAAUGCAUGAACCAGUGGCGACAAAGACACGACUUGGCUGGAUCGUAUAUGGUGGUGCAGAAUUAGGUCAACAACAGUUUUUGGGCUACCAUGGAGCACAUAGAUGUUCAUGUCAGGGUGAGCAAUGUGAAGUUUUACACCAGGCCAUGCAAAAAUAUUUCUCGAUCGAUGGGUUAGGUAUCACAAAACCAACAACUCUUGUGGAAUCUAAGGAAGAUACUCGAGCACGGAGACUUCUAGAAAGCAUGAAGCGUAGAAAGGAUGGACGAUUUGAAACUCGACUUCUUUGGAAGUAUGACCAUUUCCAGCUCCCAGAAAGUAAAUCGCUCGCUCUUCGCCGUUAUGCGUGCCUCGAAACACGCAUGAAUAAAGAUCCAGAUCUUAAGGCAUCUCUCUACGAUAAGGUUAAAGACUACGUUCUAAAAGGCUAUAUUCGCAAGCUCACCGAAGCUGAAAUUGAAGACAAGAAUCCAAGGGUAUGGUAUCUGCCAGUUUUUCCAGUGUUCAAUCCCAAUAAACCCAAGAAGAUACGCAUCGUGUGGGACGCCGCAGCUAAGAGUCACGGAACAGCACUGAAUUCACUACUCUUAACAGGACCGGAUCAGAAUUCCUCUCUUACUGACGUUCUGUUUAGGUUCCGUGAAAAUCGGAUAGCGGUUUGUGGUGACAUAUGCGAAAUGUACCAUCAAGUACUUGUAGCGGAGGAAGACCAACACUGUCAACGGUUUUUGUGGAGAGAAAAUCCACACGAUUCUAAGAUCAGCGAAUAUGUCAUGCAAGUGAUGACAUUUGGGGCAUGUUGUUCGCCCAGUUGUGCACAAUUCGCCAAAAAUAUGAACGCGAGGGAAUAUGCAGGACAAUAUCCUCGAGCAGCAUCAGCAAUUAUAGAAAACCACUAUGUAGACGAUAUGCUCAUAGCCACAGAAACAGUGGAAGAAGCUAUUUGCUUGGCAAAGGAAGUUCGGUACAUACACGCUCAAGCUGGGUUCGAAAUGAGGAAUUGGGUAUCUAAUUCACCGGAAGUUUUGGAGACACUAAAUGGUACGAGCGGUAACGAAAAGAAUCUCAACUAUGAUGCAGAGUUAUCCACUGAAAAAGUUCUUGGUAUGUGGUGGUGCACGAUAUCAGAUAGCUUCACCUUUAAAUUGUCCCCAAAACAUGAAAAAGAGCUCCUAUCUGGCGAAUGCGUUCCGACGAAGCGACAGGUAUUACGCACGUUGAUGGCCGUAUUUGAUCCUCUCGGGCUUCUCUCAAAUCUUAUGAUUUACCUAAAAAUUCUUCUUCAAGAAGUAUGGCGCACUUCAAUCGAUUGGGAUGAGAAAAUUCCUAGCAAUAUUUUCAAAAAUUGGCUGCAGUGGUUGGCAGUACUCCCUAAAGUGCAAUCAGUAAGUGUUCCUCGUUGCUAUCGCUCGAAUAUAAACUUGGAGGCAGACACUAUCGUACAGCUACACACAUUCGUCGACGCUAGCGAACUAGGCUACGCUGCGGUAGUCUACCUACGCUUCGAAUACCACGGAAAGAUUGAGACCUCCAUUGUUGCCGCUAAAGCUCGAGUCGCACCUUUGAAGUUUCUGUCCAUUCCAAGGAUGGAGUUAGAAGCUGCGGUCAUUGGAGCCCGACUGACAGCCUCCAUUUGCAAGGCAUUAUCGUUAAACAUCAAUCAGCGUUUCUUCUGGAGCGAUUCUCGUGAUGUACUCUGUUGGAUCAGAUCUGACCAUCGACGAUACUCGCAGUACGUAGGGCAUCGCGUGAGUGAAAUCUUGGAAACUACUCGAAUUGUGGAAUGGAGAUGGAUUCCGUCUGAAGAAAACGUCGCGGAUGAAGGCACCAAGUGGCAAAAACCUCCCGAGCUAACCAACGACUGCCGUUGGUUUAAUGGACCGGAAUUCUUACACCAAAAUGAAGCAAUGUGGCCAGUAGAACGAAACUUUCAGCAACCAACAACGGAGGAACUCAGAAAAAGCGUAUACUGUCACGAACAUAUCUCUUUACCAAAAAUACUGUUUGAUUCCUCACGCUUUGGGAGUUGGAACCACCUUCGGAGAACUUCAGCAAUGUUUAACAGAUAUAUACAGAACAUAAAAAAUGGGAUUAACGCGACAGCACCGUUAUUCGGACCGCUAUCAGGGUCUGAGAUACAGCAAGGCGAAAUACGUAUGUUUCGACAAGCACAGCAAGAACACUUUGCGAUGGAGAUAAAAAUUCUCUCCUGCAAAGAUCUUACCCAAAAAGGCCUUCCAACUACAAGUAAUCUUUUCGAAUUCUGGCCUUUUCUAGACAGCGAAGGUGUUCUAAGAGCAAAGACGCGCAUUGGAGCUUGUGAUGUUGCUAGUAUGGAUACCAAGAACCCGAUAAUCCUACCAAAGGAUAGUCACAUAUCAUGGCUUAUAGUUCAGCACUAUCACGUACGCUUCUAUCACCGUAACCAUCGUACAGUGCUAAACGAACUUAAACAACGCUUCAGGAUCAUCCCGAAACUAGCAAGCCUUUACAAGAAAGUACAAUCAGCUUGCCAGGUAUGCAAGAACAUGCGAGCAGCGCCUCAUCCUCCUCCGAUGAGUGAUCUUCCCGUGUCGAGAGUUUCAGCAUUUACCAGACCAUUUUCGUAUGUAGGCGUCGAUUAUUUUGGACCACUGAACGUCACCGUGAAGCGCAGCACCGAAAAACGUUGGGGGGUACUAAUAACGUGUCUCACAGUUAGGGCUAUUCAUAUUGAAAUCGCACACUCAUUAUCGGCACAAUCGUGUAUAAUGGCACUGAGAAAUUUCAUGGGGAGAAGAGGCAUUCCAAUACAAAUUGUAAGCGACCGUGGUACGAAUAUGAUCGGCGCAAGCAAAGAACUUUUAUUGGCUUUAAAAGAAUUGAAUCAAGACAUGAUAAUACAGGAAAUCUCUAGUCCAGAUACAACUUGGACAUUCAUUCCACCGGCAUCUCCACAUAUGGGCGGUUCUUGGGAACGCAUGAUUCAAACUGUUAAACGAAAUUUGAAUCAAAUAAGUCCACGACACCAACCAACUGAUGAAGUAUUGCGUAAUCUAUUGAACGAAGUAGAAAACGUGGUAAAUUCCAGGCCUUUGACUCAUCUUGAAAUGGAAGAUCCCGAGUCACCAGUCCUGACACCAAACCAUUUCCUACUAGGUUCAUCGAACGGUUUAAAACCAGCAACGUUGUUUGAUGAUAGCAGCAAAGCUCUUAACAAUACGUGGCGAACAUGCCAAGUGGAAGCAAACAUCUUCUGGAAGCGUUGGGUGAGAGAUUACCUGCCGGAGAUUACAAGACGAUCCAAAUGGCUAACGCCGGUGAAGUCUAUCGAAAUCGAUGACAUAGUAGUUGUUGUCGAUCCGAAUCUACCAAGAAACUGCUGGCCUUUAGGAAGAGUGAUAUCUGUAAUUCAGGGUAAAGAUAAACAAGUGAGAGCUGCAAUCAUUCAAACAGCGACUGGAAUAUACGAACGACCAGCUGUUAAACUCGCCGUGCUAGAUGUUAGACGCGGAAUUAAGUAA